GUGGUGACAGUCACAGUCUAUGUCGAGGCAGGAAGUAGAUAGGGCUUCACCUCUGCUUCCAAUUGAACAACUUAAUCUGUUGAUGCUGUGGCUAGAUUCUGUAGCAACACACUGUAUGCAUGAAGCCUAGAUUGUGUUAAAUGACUUUAUUUAUGUAACAAUAGGCUGUAGAUUUGAUCGAAGGGUUUUAAUAUACAGGAUAAGUCUUCUGUGUUGCACUUAUACUUGCUUUAGCUCUAACACACAUAAAGUACAGAUACACACAACGGAGAUAGAUGGACACACUCCGGUACAUCAAUACAGAAGUGAUGAGUAUUUUUGAAACUGGGACCUCUCCUCUCUCAGUAGUAAGAUGCUGAGUGCGUCCACUCCGACCCAGAUGCCCCCCAGCGGCGAGGACAGUUCUGGUUCUGACAGGGGGUCAGAGGUCCGUGUUCCAACUCCAGCCACAGAGACAGACCGCUUCGGCUUCAUCCUGGUGAAUGGAUCCACUGCCGGGAGUGAAGGCCCGCCUCCUGAGCUCGUUAGACAGAGAGAGACGAAGUGGAUCAACAUCAUCAGCCAAUGGGAUCGUGUCUUACUAAAGAAGUCCAGCAAGGUCAAAGAGCAGUGUCAGAAAGGCAUCCCAGCAUCCCUCAGGGCUAAAUGUUGGCCACUGCUGUGUGGUGCCACAGACAGAAUGCACCGCAACAAGGACCUCUACCAGACUCUGGACUCCAGGCCUGCCCUACAGAGCUGUGUGGACGUUAUCGAGAGAGACUUAGACCGCCAGUUCCCCUUCCAUGAGAUGUUUCUCUCCAGAGAUGGCCAUGGGCAGCGUGGUCUGUUCCGGGUGCUGAAGGCCUUUACUCAGCUGAAGCCUGACGAGGGCUACUGUCAGGCCCAGGGACCUGUAGCAGCUGUACUGCUGAUGAACAUGCCUACUGAGGAGGCAUUCUGGUGCCUGGUACAGAUUAGUGAACAGUACCUCCCUGACUACUACAGCCCUCUUCUGGAGGGGGUUCUCUUUGACGCGGCCAUGCUGACCUGGGUGCUGAAAAAGACGUGUCCCGCAACUCACAAGCAUCUGCAGAGACACGGCGUGGAGCCUCUGAUGUUCGCCACCGAUUGGCUGAUGUGCCUGUUCACACGUCACCUGCCAUUCAACACCCUCCUCCGAGUCUGGGACCUGUUCUUCUGCUACGGAGUGCGUGUGUUGUUCCAGGUGGCGGUUGUGUUGGUGCGCAGGGCUCUGGGCCGGGUGGAGCAGAGGGAGGAGUGUGAGGGCCAGAUGGAGACUCUGGAGAGGCUGAGGGGUGUGAGGAAGCAGGUGCAGCAGGAGGAUGAUACCUUCAUCGGAGAGGUGUGUUCUGUCCCUCUUUCGGGUAAGGAUCUGGAGAGGCAGACGGAGAAAGAGCUGGAGAAGUGGAGGAAGGAACGGCCUGCCUCCACAUUUGAUCCCCGGGGUCGUUGCCACGGAUAUCGGAUGGUGUGGGCGAGGGCUCGAGAGAGGGAGGAGGAGAGGAACAGGAAGGAGAGGGCGAAAGGGAACCUGUCCAUCCCACCGAUUCGCUCGCCCUCCCUCCUCUCUCUCUCUCCCUCGCUCCUCCGCAAGAGGUGGAAGAGAGGGAGCAAAACAGACACAGGGGAGUGGGAGGGGGUAGGCAGAGAGGUGAGGAAGGUUUCAAAGGAGGUGUGGGAGGAGAGAAGCGAGGGAGGGGAUCUGAGGAGAGGAAGUGAAAAGGAUGGUAUUCCAGUGAGGGCUCAGGGUGUUCCACCUCCUGCUACAGAGGACAGGGAACCAGUGGAACUGAGAGAACCGUUAGAACACAAAGAACCAUCAGAACAGGACAGAACCCAAAAGACCCAGAUGACCCCAGAUUCAGCCGGAGUAGCGUCCCAGCAACGUGAGCUCACCUCUGACCCUCGCGUCACCUCACAGGGCCAGGAGGAGCAGGGUGGUUUCAGCGAGACACAGGCCUCUGAGCAGCACGGCGACAGCCAGUCACAGGAAACUAACCACAGUAAAGGCUCCAUGGAAACACAGGAAGUACUGAGCAAACAGUCAACAGAGAGUGCACGUAUCAUCACAGAGCACAUAGUGACAGAGACAAAGGGGGAGGCAGAGGAACGCAAGGAGACAGAGACACAUGCAGAAGCCAAGACAGAGGAGGAAACAGUGACAGAGAUCCAGAUUCACACAGAAGCCAAGACAGAGGAAGAAAUGGAGGCUGAGGUACAGAAAGGACAACACACAGAUACAAGUGUAGAAACAGAGACAGAUGUGGGGUCAAAAACAGAGACUCAAACAGAUGUUAAUGCAGACACUGAGACAGACACUGAGACCGACACGCAACAAGAGGCAGAUAGAAACUUAGAGGCAGAAACAGACAUUGGGUCACUGAGAGAGAGAGACAAAGAGACAAACACAGAGACUGAUACCAACAAGGAGAUAGAGGCACGUACAGAGACACAGUCACACAAAGGGACAGCAAUGGAGACACACACUGACAAGAAAUCUGAGGCAGAGAGACAAACAGAGGUAGAAACUGAGGUAGAGGCACAUACAGAAACAGAGACACCGGGAGAAAAUGAGUCAGCGAUGCACAUAGAGUCAGACACAAGAGUAGAGGCAGACUUGGGGUCACAGAUGGAGGCUGAUACACACAUAGAGACAGGGAAAGAGUCAGAGAUAGAGGUAGGGACAGAGACAGGGACAGAGACGCGCACAAAGGAAACCACUGACACAGGGAUAGAGGAAGUCACUGACACAGGGAUAGAGGAAGCCAAUGACACAAACACAGGGACAGAGGAAGCCAAGGACACAAACACAGGGACAGAGGAAGCCAAGGACACAAACACAGGAACAGAGGAAGCCAAUGACACAAACACAGGGAUAGAGGAAGCCACUGACACAAACACAGGGACAGAGGAAGCCACUGACACAAACACAGGGACAGAGGAAGCCACUGACACAAACACAGGGACAGGAGGAAGCCACUGA